AUGGACUAUACUAGAGCAACUGAAGUGGCUAAUGACACUAACUUAGAUGUUGGAACUAACCAACAUAAGCUUGUUUCUCCACAUGGAGGUCUUACCCGGAUGGAUAACGACCAUUCGAGUUCUCAGGUUGUAAAGGAAACCCUUCAAUCAAAUAUUGAGAUUCCUAAUGAGAACACAGAUGUUUUCAUUAGAACAUUUAAAAAUCGUUUAAGCACCCUAGAGGGCUUAUACGAAAAGACUAUGAUGAAGCAUGACGAAUUUCUUAACUCAAUCGAAGCUGGUGACUAUUUAAGCAAAAUCACUAAGCUGGAAGAGGAAGAAAAAGGUCUUGAGCUGAACAU